UGUACAACGUCUUACAAUAGUUAUGACGGAACCCUAAUCAUUAUUUACUUAUAAAAAUGAAUUCACGUGAAUCAAUUCAUUACGAUUGGUUGACAUAAUGGCGAAGCUAGUGUGUGUCUUAUUCUUGGUAGCAGCAGUAGCCUGCGCCAAUGCGGUCCCAAACCGCAUCGUGGGGGGCAACCCCACCGUGAUCGAGAACUACCCCAGCAUUGUGCAGGUGGAGAGCCGCACCGGCAUCAUCUGGGGACAGUCCUGUGCUGCUAGCAUCCUCAACACCAGAUUCGUCGUGUCUGCUGCGCAUUGCUUCGCUGGAAUCCUCAACACCCGCAACCGUCGUAUCAGAGCCGGUACCUCCAACCGUGCGUCUGGUGGCGUCGUGGUCUCAAUCAACCGCAUCGUCAACCACCCCACUUAUGGCAGCAACCAGAUGGACGGAGACAUCAGCGUCAUCCAGCUGGCUUCAGCCCUGGUCUACAACGACCGCAUCCAACAAGUCCCCAUUGUUCCUCAAGGGUUUGAGCUCCCUGAUAACCUGCCUGUGGUGCAUUCUGGAUGGGGUGCCACUUCUCAAGGCGGUCUGGCCUCAGCAAUCCUCCGCGACGUCACGAUCUACACCAUCAACCACGACGUCUGCGCUUCUCGCUACGCCAGCCUUCUCUUCCCCAGAAGAGUUACUCAAAACAUGAUCUGCGCCGGUAUCCUCGACGUCGGUGGCAAGGACGCCUGCCAGGGUGACUCUGGUGGUCCUCUCUACUACGACGGCAUCCUGGUCGGUAUCGUUUCCUGGGGCCGUGGAUGUGCUGAUCCCGUCUACCCUGGAGUCAGCACCAAGGUCGCUUCCUACACUGACUGGAUCGUACAAACUGUUUCCUCUCUGUAAAUUAUUUUAUUUAUAGGCUCUGAUAUUGAUAUUAUAAGUGUUAUGUUUUGA